AUGGUCGAGGCCGAGGAGACUGCAAAAAGAAUAGCAGUAGAUGAAUCAAUGGCCAAGGAGGAUCCGCCCCAGAACAAGCUCCACGAUCGGUACAUCAAUGGUAACUGUUCACUCAUCUCGAGUGACGGAUACAUCUUCAAACUACCAGAAUAUCAUGUGCAAUCUGCUAGCAGUGCGGUGCUUCGAGAAGCGAUGGUUAACGAUCCCGAUGAAACAGACACCUUCCGUAUCGAGUUCGAUGAUGAAGACCUCGAGAAUGCGUCCAUAAUUGAAAUUUGCUUGAAUUACUUGACAGGAGGUCAAGAGGACAGCAAGAACUACGACGAUAUCGGCACAACGCACCAAUGUCUCAAAUUUGCUCGGAAAUGGGAUUGCGCCACUAUCAUGCAGGGUAUUCUGUCCGACCUAGCUUUACGUAUUUUCUACGACCGUAAACUGAGUCGACACAUUGCGUUCCUCAUCGGUGCCGAGUUUGAUUCUCUUCGUGUAUGCGAAGCGGCUUUGCGAAAUGCACGGCAACGGUUAUGGGUCAAGAGUGAGGAUUCCACCAGUAAGUGGCCAGGGGGAAUAAGGGAUGGUCGAAGCUGUAUGAUUCCUACUUUCUGGGACUCCGAGGACUUCCUCAUCAACCCUCGCUAUUCUUGGGCCGUCAUCAUGGCCACACAGAAGUGGCAGGGGACGGGCGCUGUGGAAUACCCCACUGACGCGGAGUGGAUACACAUUGCCAAACGGUUCCGAGAAUUGGUGGAGGGGAAAAUGUAA